CGACAUUUCAACGACAACAAACUCAAAACCCGAAAUGAAAGAUCCAAGUUCUUCGAAGUCCGAUUGCACAUCCACAUCGCAUAGCAGCCAGAGCCAACUUCCACGGGAAGCUGAUGAGGUCGCACUGGCUACAAAUACGGCAUCUUCCGCUCCCCUAGAUCAGAGUAUCAAGCGGAAAUCAGUGGUACGCUACCCAAUCUUGGACAUAUUGCUGGCCAAGAAUGACCCAAAAGAGGCUGAUCGGGCAGGGAUGCCUUCAGACUCAGUGCGCUUAUCCCAAUGGAAAGAGCUCCGACGCAAGGCGUUGCCUGGGCAGAAUCCCACUGAUUUAGUGCUGGUUUAUGCACCAACUGGGUUGGGUGGCAUAGAAAUCACGGCAAGGGAUUAUAACCGUCUCGAACCGGGCGAGUUUUUCAAUGAUACCCUGGUUGAAUUCGGAACAAUGCGUGCAUUCCACAAGAUGCAAGAAACCAAUCCAACGCUUGCAGAGCAAGUCCACUUGUUCAGCUCAUUUUUCUAUAGCAAAUUAAGAUCACCACUACCUUCGGAAGGUUACCAAAGCGUGCGUAAAUGGACUUCGAAAUUCAACCUCUUUGACAAGAGGUAUAUCAUAAUUCCCGUCAAUGAAGAUUUCCACUGGUAUCUUUGCAUCAUCUAUAAUCCAAAGGGUGCACUACCCCCGCAAAUGCCACCUCCAAGGCCUGCAUCCGUGAUUACGAAGCCGGUCAUGGGUCAGAACCAAACAAAAACGAUAGAGGUUGUAGAUUUGGACACUGAUGGCGAGAUGGACAUUGAGACAGCAACCGUGACCAACUCCCCAAAUGCGUGCACAUUAUUCGUUCUGGAUUCCUUUAGUAGAGUCUCUACCAAUGCGCUGAGGAAAGUCCUUGUGACUUACCUCUUGAAUGAGGCAAUAGAUAAGAAACUCGUUGGGAGUGAAUGGGAUGAUCAUGAGCUGGAAAAAUGGUUCCAGGAUCAUGUUGUGCCGGAGGUAGCUGAGGUACCACGACAACAAAACUUUUGUGAUUGUGGUGUGUAUCUUGUGCACUUUGCGGAGAUAUUCUUGAGCAAUCCCGAGAAGGCGAUAGGAUAUAUGAUGGAAAGGGGCCAGUCAAACAGUGCUGACGAAUCAAUCUGGAAUAAGUCUGGACUGAAAAUGCAGCGCAUCACCAUGAAGGAAGAAAUUGAUAGACUAGCUGUGGAAUGGAAGGCAGCACGCUGAGUCGUACACCCACUUCAUGAUAGCCAUCACCAUAUAUUACCGGCACAGCAGUGUCACCCUCCACGAGACGUGCCAGGGACAUGGAAGUUAAUGUUCCAGUCAAUGCGUCGAUAGGUUCACCCAUGAUCCCUGUGUUAUAGUCGCGGCGUUGCAGCCCGACACACUGAGUAAAAUAUCAUAAAUAAAUACAGUACAGGAUAUGAG